UGACUUCCGGCGUAGGCGCGUGACGUCAGCUUCCAACAUGGCGGCUUUCCCGGCCGAGCCGCUUCUCAGAUUGCUGAACUCACUGGUUAUCCCUGCAUUGAUACUAAGUGGAGUUUUAUGUCUGUGUUUGUUGAUGCUGCUGUGUGGUUUACGGCUCUGGUUCCAGCAAAGGAAAAAGCUUAUUCCACCAGGGCAAGAUGGGAAAAGACCAUAUGUGGUUGCAUUUUUUCAUCCAUAUUGCAAUGCAGGUGGUGGAGGGGAGCGAGUGUUAUGGUGUGCUCUAAGAGCACUGCAGAAAAAGUACAAAAAUGCCUCCUAUGUUGUUUAUACUGGUGAUACCGAUGCUACAGCUGAGAAUAUCCUUGAAGGCGCUUACCGACGAUUCAACAUCAGAUUAAAUCAACCUGUGAAGUUUGUGUUUUUGAAUCGGCGCUACCUAGUAGAAGCUUCCCUUUAUCCACAUUUCACUCUGCUGGGCCAGAGCCUAGGAUCUGUGUUUCUGGGCUGGGAAGCCCUUAUGAAAUGUGUCCCUGAUAUUUAUAUUGACUCUAUGGGUUAUGCCUUCACACUUCCACUAUUUAAAUAUUUAGGAGGUUGUCGGAUAGGCUGUUAUGUUCACUAUCCUACAAUCAGCACUGACAUGCUUUCUAUAGUUAGGAAUCAGAAUGCUCGAUUUAAUAAUGCAGCCAUCAUCACAAAAAUUCCCUUAUUAAGCAAAUUGAAACUUGUAUAUUAUUACCUUUUUGCUUCUAUAUAUGGGUUAGUUGGCUCUUGUAGCGAUAUUGUCAUGGUUAAUUCUUCAUGGACUCUAAAUCACAUCCUUUCCCUUUGGCGGUGCAGCGAUCGCACAAGCAUUGUGUAUCCGCCUUGUGAUGUUCAGGCCUUUCUGGAUAUUCCACUUCGUCAGGAAAAGAGCACGGCAGAACAAACAAUAGUUUCUGUAAGCCAGUUUAGGCCAGAGAAAGACCACUCUUUGCAAAUCAGAGCCUUUGCUAAACUGCUGGAAAAGACUGCAGGGCAGCACUAUCUGCCCAAACUUAUUCUGAUAGGGGGCUGUCGUAACCAAGAAGAUGACCAGCGUGUAAAUGGACUUAAAAAGCUCUGUCAAGAGUUGGGCAUUGAAAAAAAGGUGGACUUCAAAGUUAACAUUCCAUUUGAAGAGCUAAAGAAACAUCUGGCAGAUGCAACCAUUGGACUCCACACCAUGUGGAAUGAACACUUCGGGAUUGGAAUUGUUGAAUGUAUGGCAGCUGGCACAAUUAUCCUUGCUCACAAUUCUGGAGGCCCGAAACUGGACAUUGUGGUGCCCUAUGAAGGAAAUAUUACUGGCUUUCUAGCAGAACAUGAAGAUAGUUACGCAGACACCAUGGCUUAUAUCUUUUCUUUGUCUCCUACAAAACGGCUAGCGAUCAGGCAAAAUGCUCGUCAGUCUGUGAAGAGAUUUGCUGAUCAGGAAUUUGAGGAAACAUUCCUAUUAUCUGUAGAGAAGCUAUUUAAAUAAAAUAUUUUGUAUAUAGAUAUCUGAACAUACUUGAAUUAUGGGACUAUGCUUGUAUAUUUUUCUAAUUUAAUAUUUCUGUUGUACAGUAAAGAGUAUGUUAAUCAUGAGACUUAGAUGUGGGGUUCAGAAUAAUCUGACAGAGCAUGCUUCCAACCCAAAUUCAUCAUUUGUGUAGCAAAAGUAUAUGCAAAAUCAGAUGUGAAAUGCUUAAAGACUCAGCAGUCUUGCCAAAGAAUAAAUUAUAUGGCAAAAUAUCCACCUCAGUGCUCUUGUAUAAGGAUAGAUGGAGCUUGAAUUUUCCAAUGAAUUUUUGUGGCAUUGAAUUUACCUCUGAAUAUGGUUUGACAGUUUCACGGUAGAGGCAUACGUUCCUCCAUACAGGAAACUAGCAUAUUAACGAGUCCUAUAGCCUAGCUUCUCCCUAACAUCUAAUUUUGCAUGUAAGGAGCUUUUUUUUUAAUGGCCAAGCAUUCAACCAUUUGAGCCCGACCUGCAAUGUGUAGUAAUACAGCCUAGAUAUAGGCUUAUCACCUUAGUGAGAACUAGACCGAUGGAUGUCACUGAAGUUAAAUCUGUUAAAGGUAUCGUCAUCGGAAAUAUGGCACAAAGAGGUUUGUGGUGUACCAUCCUUCCACGUUCCAGUACAGGUAGGGGCAGGUUGGACACAUUCCUUGCACUAUUUGGCAAUGGGAAGAGUUAUUCAAACAUGUCUCACCCACAACUGCUCAUUUAUUAGAAGAUGCUUAGAGGCCAUCAAGGGGAAACAGACAAACCAGGAAAGAGAUGAGCUUCUAACUUUAGGGAAUGCUGUCACGGCUGUGUUGCAAGACCUCUAGCUAGCUGAGUCAGGCAUAGGAGGAAAAGAUGGACAGAGCACUUUCAUUCCACACUGGGUGAGACCUACUUGCUGAGUCUGGGUUUGCAAAAAUCUUAUACAGACUCUUAUGUUUCCAGCUCUAAGUAAUAUUGUAAUGAAAAAGAAUAUGAAACAGCUGUCAAACUAGUGAGCUGGACUGGAAUGUUUCAUUGUAAAAGCAUGGGUUAAUGAGAGAUGCAGAGAGGUGUAGAUAGACCAGCCAUGCAUUGUGAUCAGUGUCUGGCUCAUUAACCUGAACAGCUUUUUACCACUAAACCAUGCUUUUUUCAGCUAUCAAGAUCCCUGCACCUCUUAUUAAGUACUUAAUAGUGGAUGAUAACCCUACAAAGAAAGAUUUCCUAAAAUCUUGGCUAUUAAUAUGGAUACCACUAGUUGCUAUUAUUUCUUAAGGAACUAUUCAGGAAUGUUAACUGAUUGCUCCUUCCUGUUUGUCUCUAGUCAUGUUAUUACUGUCUUCCAAACUUUCAUUGGGUUUACUAUUAGUUACAUGUUUUUUUUCCAGUUGCUCUGUGUCUGCUGUUUCAACUGGAGCAUUUAAAAUCUCCUCUUCUAGAGAGGUUACCACUUUUUCCAGGGAUUCUACCAGCUCAUCCCUCAAUUCAUCUUCAGAUUCUUCAAAGUUUCUGUAUAGUUAACAAGAGAAAAUGGAUAUUCAAUGUUGUUGGUGUAUUUACCAACUUAUGAAAAUGUUCAAUUCUAAAAUUGGUUAAAAUGUCAAUUAAAAGUAUUCUGCAAGUCUGAAGGUUGGUUCAUAUUAUGUGAUGACCCACACACACAAUUGCCUUUUGAGGGUGCGGAGUCCCUACCAGAUUCAUGACUUGGGCAUGAUUGACUGAAAAUGCUAUUUGUAUAAAAAUAUGUCUUUGUAAAUCUAUUAAAUAAAUAAACAAAUAAGGAAA